AUGGCAACGGUGCAUCGCGAACGGCUUUACAGCUUGCCACAUCAGUUUGGACACAAGGGUGCAAUGACUCGAGACGGCGUAGACAGCGACAAGGACACUCGGAGGAAGAGUGUCAAGAUGAAGCAUCUUCGUUCUCCCUCUUCAAUAGGGAGCACUAAAGGUGUCAGCGAGGCCAAGAGCGGAGACGCGGAGACUGAUGUGGGGAGACCCUUCAGAACCAACGUGAACGGCGACUGCCGAAGGUUUCGGGGCAGUCUGUCUUCCAUCACCAGUCGGCAUGCCCCAGACGCUGAUCUGGCGGAGCAGAGGCAACUCAUCACCGAAGGGGACGCGAGUCCCGAGGAAGACGGUCCCCUGGAGCAACCCGGAUCCGGAGAGAGCCAAGGCGCGCAGGGUGGUCAUAGCGCCGGGGCACAACAGGCGUCCUCUGAAGAACAGUCGAGUUUCAUAAAGUUGGAGGGUAUCGAUCAGAUCAUGCCAGACGAUGAGAGGUUGUAUCAGGCGGGCUUUAUGCACAAGCAAUUUGGCGCGAUGCUUCAGCCCGGGGUCAACAAGUUCUCACUCCGAAUGUUCGGGAGCGAAAAGGCUGUGGAGCGCGAACAAGAACGGGUCAAAUCCGCAGGCUUUUGGAUCAUUCACCCAUACAGUGACUUCAGGUUCUACUGGGAUCUAAUCAUGCUCCUCUUGAUGGUGGGCAACUUGAUCAUCAUCCCUGUAGGCAUUACCUUCUUUAAAGAUGAACACACCCCUGCCUGGAUAGUCUUUAACGUGGUCUCUGACACAUUCUUCCUUGUGGACCUGGUUCUGAACUUCCGCACCGGGAUUGUCAAGGAGGACAGCACUGAAAUCAUCCUGGACCCUCAGCAGAUCAAAUUGAGAUACCUGCGGAGCUGGUUUGCCGUGGAUUUUAUCUCUUCCAUCCCUGUGGAUUACAUCUUCCUCAUUGUAGAAACACGCAUCGACUCAGACUUCUAUAAGACAGCGCGAGCUUUGAGGAUUGUACGUUUCACUAAAAUACUCAGUCUGCUUAGGCUGCUAAGACUGUCCAGACUCAUUAGAUAUAUCCACCAAUGGGAGGAGAUUUUUCACAUGACCUAUGAUCUGGCUAGUGCCAUGGUGCGCAUUGUGAAUCUGAUUGGAAUGAUGCUGUUGCUGUGCCACUGGGACGGCUGCUUGCAGUUCCUGGUACCAAUGCUGCAGGAUUUUCCCUCCGACUGCUGGGUGUCCAAAAACAAAAUGGUGAAUGACACAUGGGGUCAGCAGUACUCCUAUGCCCUGUUUAAGGCCAUGAGCCAUAUGCUGUGUAUCGGCUACGGCAUGUACCCACCCGUAGGCAUGAUGGAUGUAUGGCUGACCAUUCUUAGCAUGAUCGUGGGCGCAACCUGCUAUGCCAUGUUUGUGGGCCAUGCUACCGCCCUCAUUCAAUCACUGGACUCCUCAAGAAGGCAGUACCAGGAAAAGUAUAAACAGGUGGAGCAGUACAUGUCCUUCCACAAACUUCCAGCUGAUAUGCGGCAGAGGAUCCAUGAUUACUAUGAGCAUCGCUAUCAGGGCAAGAUGUUUGAUGAGGAAAGCAUUCUGGGAGAACUAAAUGAGCCACUCAGAGAGGAAAUCAUCAGUUUUAACUGUCGAAAGCUUGUGGCCACCAUGCCUUUGUUCGCCAAUGCAGAUCCCAACUUUGUAACCUCCAUGCUUACCAAGUUACGUUUUGAGGUGUUCCAGCCAGGAGACUAUAUUAUCAGAGAGGGGAUGGUCGGGAAGAAGAUGUAUUUCAUCCAACAUGGCAUACUAACUGUCCUGACAAAGGGCAGCAAAGAGACAAAGAUCUCUGAUGGUUCUUACUUUGGAGAGAUCUGCUUGCUGACCCGAGGCAGAAGAACGGCAAGCGUUAGGGCGGACACAUACUGUCGUCUUUACUCACUGUCUGUGGACCAUUUCAACGAGGUGUUGGAGGAAUACCCCAUGAUGCGGCGGGCCUUUGAGACUGUAGCUCUUGAUCGCCUUGACCGCAUAGGUAAGAGAAACUCGGUGCUCCAGCACAAAGUCCAGCGGGAUCUUAAUUCCGGAUUGCUGAACUACCAAGAGAAUGAGAUAAUCCAGCAGAUUGUGCAGCACGACAGGGACAUGGCCCAUUGUGCCCACCUCAUGCAGACACCUCCCCCAGCUCCUCACCCAGCACCCAAUCCAUCCUCUCAUACCCCUGUUAUCUGGGCACCUCUAAUACAGGCUCCUCUACAAGCUGCUGCAGCCACUACUUCAGUCGCCAUCGCCCUGACCCGUCACCCCCAUUUGCCCCAUAUGCUCUUCCGGCCCCCUGUCCCCUUGCUUGGCUCUUUAAAAGACCAACCAGGGUAUGUAAAAAGAUUCAAGACAGCUCUUUCGGGCACUGAUGCAUUCGGUGGCUCUUCGUCAACCAGCUCGCAGUUCAGCUCUUGCAUAGAGACCCCAAUUCUUGACACUCUCAGGGCAGAGAGAUCAUCUAUCUCCACACCUUGGCCACUGUCCUACAGCUCCUUACCAUCCACCAUCACGACAACCAUCACCACAACCUCCUCCAGCAUCACAGAGUCUUCCAUCUACCCCCAAAGAUCACUUGACUCCAAAGACUUCAGUGUUGCCCAGCUCCAUUCACAACCACAACUUCCUCAGGCCUCUUUACCCAGCAUUGCUGCAUUACUUCCUGGGUUCUACCAAGGAGAGGCUUUCCAGCAUGCAGUUCCCCCAGCCUCCACCCUCACUCCUUUGAUAGCGCACUCAGUCAGUCCCAUACUGACCCAACUGCAUCCUGCUCAGCCUACUCCUCAACAACCGAAACCAAGUUCUGAAUUGAAUAAAGUCACUGGUACAGCUUCUAAAUCUACUAUAACGGAGUCCCCUGUAUGCUUCAGGAGCAUUCUAGAACAAGUCUCAAGUGUCCCGCCUCAACACCCACAGUGUGGUCUACAGUCAGAUGUUCUCACCCAGCUUUCCCAGGAACCCUCUGCUCUUUCUUCCAUAGCACAGUAUGGGUCAGGAAAUGUGUCCCCAUGUAGCACUCCCUCAGCUUGGAGUCCCACAUGCCAGAGUCCCACAGUGGAGAAGACAAGGGUGUCCAUGCAUAGCCACCCUGCCAGCAUCUUUGGAUCACAAAGUUCGCUCCUAACCCCUCAGACACUCUAUCCACCACCAUCUCAAACAAGAGAAAUGGGUGGAUCUUUGGUUGAUCUGCCAUCCCAUGACUUAAACACCAUUUCCAUGUCCCCCCCAAACCCAGGACCUCUUGAAAAGUCCAAGCCGGUUAGACAUGGACUACAACCUCCUGACUUGUCCCAUCAUAGAGGAUCAGCUUCAGGUUUGUCACCUCUGCCCUCGCCCCAACCUGUUAUUAAACCACUUAGCUCAAUACCUAGUCAUGUGGUCAUAUCAAGACCCACUUCAAAGUUGUCCAUAGCUCAGACUGGAUCCUCAUUUGGGUCACCAGCCCAUGGGUCUAGUGACAGGUCCACGCCUGGGACAGCAAGCUUGCAUCCCAAACUCCCUUCAAAUUUAUGAGAAUGGGCUGCACCCUCCUACAACAAGUAAACUAUCCUUUUUAAUAGCCAGAAGAAUUCGUCAAAGGAACUGACAUUUUUGGCCAGAAAAGGAGGGUGUAUACUUUGAUUUCUAUUAGUCCAAUUAAUUUUUAGUUUGUUAUGCCAA